GUAUUCACAAACAACACAAACAGUGAGCAAACACGAGAAGUAGCGUAACACUGACACAAACUACAGCAGCGGACUGAGUCGAGCUGCCGAGGGAAGGAAACAGCGGAGGACAAAAAAGUCGCUCGGAGAUGAACCAAAAUGUGAUAUUCCGGAGCGUACGGGCAGCACCUGAACGCGACAUACGUCUCCCAGCCGGUGUUUUGAUAUUUCUACGCCCUCCGGUGCUGUGCGGUGCUUUCCAUGCUUCAGAGACGACUAACGUAGCGUGCAGAGAUACCAUGACUCUGACCAGGGGAUCUUUCACCUAUGCCAGUGGGGAGGAGUACCACGGCGAGUGGAAAGAAGGUCGGAGGCAUGGCGUUGGUCAGCUCAAGUUUCAGGAUGGAACUUGCUACACCGGUCAGUUUGAGAAUGGACUCUUCCAUGGCUCUGGUGUGCUGCUCUUCACAGAUGGAUCCAGGUACGAAGGAGAAUUCGCUCACGGAAAGUUUCAAGGUGCAGGAGUCUUUAGUCGAUACGAUGGCAUGAAGUUUGAGGGAGAAUUCAAAGACGGACGGGUUGAGGGACGUGGGCUAUUGACUUUCCCAGAUGGAGCUCAUGGUGUCCCACGAAACGAGGGCUUGUUUCAAAACCACAAGCUACAGAAGAGAGAGAAGUGCCCAGGAGUGGUGCAGCGUGCUCAGGCCUCAGCGUCCGGUGCUCGCAGUCUGGCACUUUGACCGUCAUGGACCGUGACAGAGACACCACGGUCAGGGUUACAGCACCUUUCAGGAGGGCCUCAGGGAUGUGUACUAGUAUACUCCCCUCCAGCUCUUCUCUCUGUGUCUUUCUCUCUUUUUUUCAGCAUCACUUUAUUUGUCUGCAUCUUCCUAGCUUCACCCUCUCAGCAGCUCGGGAAGCACAUGCAAUUUGACCAAACAAUGGCUUUCUGUAUGACUGACUUGAAAUGCACAACACCAUGAAGCACACCUUUAAGUCUGCAAGUCACAGCAAAUUUAGCUGUUUUUCUCUUAAACAGUGUCUUAGUGUUUCACAACAGUUAGCUUUCAUACUUCAGGUGACUGAAUAUGGAAGACCUCUUCUUAUCAUGUUAUUGCACAUCUGGUAUUUAAAGGGUUUCCUACUGCAUUUAGGUGUAAAGUAAGUCUGUAUGUUCAAGACUUUAGGUUCUUAGAUAACAUCAGAUUACGUAAAGGUUUAGGUCCCCAUUUAGUUUGCUUGAUAAUGCCCAAACAGUGUGAGGGUAACAUGACACACAUUUUUGCCGAUGUUUUUCACACUCUUGGACAUUUGGUGGUGAUAAAAAACAAUACGUUGCAAUGCGUCCAUGAAGGUUGCAAACAUGGACCAUUGACUGAAUAUAAAGGUGGACGACAUGACAGCCUGAUGUAUGUUGAAGUGUUUAUUUUUCUGAAACAUCAGUAGAAGAUGGCAGUGCUCGUGUACAAUGGAAGGAAGUAAACAAACACGUCGUCCAUCUUUGUGUACAGUAAUUGCUGUGGAUCUGAGCGACACAGGAUUCAAAAUAUUCAAUAAAAUUGGCUAUACAAAUAUAAUAAUAUAAUUGUUAGUAAAAUGAUUCCAAAAAUAUUGUCAGACCUCAAAGAUACACACAGUGAAUGUAAACAUAACUUGUUUGUUUUCAAAUACACGUGACCGGGCACCUUUAAAAUCUCAAUCCAUAGUGCUGCUGCAAAAAUCUACCAUUCAAGAAAUGCAUUUAUUCACUGGUGUUCUCUUUUUUUUAGAAGAUCAGUAAUCACAUUUGCCUUAAAAACGUUUUGGUAUAGUGGAAUAGUUCAAGGCUGUCCGUCUGAAAAUCAGAUUAGGCACAGUGCCCUCUCCUUCCCCUCUCCUCCACAUCAUUUGCCCUACAGUGUCUGUCAGCCUAAUGAUUUUGAGGUCUGCCUGAAGACUGUUACUAAGCUGGUGCUGACUUCCAUCUCCCAUCACUCACAAGUCCUGCUGCUGCCCUCCCUCAGAUAAACCUCCCACUACCAGUGGAAAUCAUUUGAAAGGAUAUUUAACUCAUUUGGACAAUUCUCUCCUGUUUUCCCCUGUGUAACCUGAAACCCUGGAUGACUGGACAUCUUCAAAGUUGAUAAAUAAUCAUGAUUAAAUGCAUUAAACUCGGGACUUACAUCUUAACUGAGGCAGCUGAAUGAUAAAGACUUUAUAAAUCAGACAUAUUUAAAAGUAUGUGAUUCUAAUGUAUGUGUUUUCUGUGAGGUGUAUAGAUAUUUAUUGUCAUUGAUUGUGUUUGUUUUGACCUUUCCACAGAAUUAUGUGCUCAUUCUGUGAUUGGUCUGGUAGAGAAUGGUGUCGCAGAGUUAAGACUGUGUGGUUGAGUAUUUUGAAAUAUUGAGAAUUUGUGAACCAUUAUAGCCAAUCAUAGGUAUUCUAUGCCUGCAGAUUAAUUCAGUGUACUUGAAGCGUUUAUAGGCCUUACAGAUCAUUUGUAGACGUGGCUUGUCUAGGCUUACAAAGCACUUCAACCAAAGACAAUCAAGUGAUAUUAUAGGUAGGGAAGCCUGGAAUAUGUGUUAUUUCUUACAGCUGAACAACAGAGACAAAUCGAUGGGGACAAAUCCUCCUGGGGCUUCAGUGGAAGGAGA